CCGCUCCUAGGGUUUGGUUUCUAUGUCUGCUCACUCCAUACCAAUCUUCUCUCGAUUUUUUUUGCACGGAGGAGAAGAAGAUGAAGGCUUCCAUGAAGUUCCGGGAAGAGAAGAAGCCUCUGUUCAGAGCCAAGAUUCCUCUGAGCAUCAUAGGCCUACCCUUUCAAUCCGGAAUCGUCGCCGGAGAAUCCAAGGAGCUGAGCCUCAACCUCUCGACCUUCUUCGAAUCAGGCCCUUCUCUCAAGAUCGCUUACCGUCCCAACGACUCCUACAACCCUUUCUCCCUCGUCGUCAAAACCGGAACCGGAUCCUUCGGCUCCCCGAUCUCCACCUCCAUGCUCAUGAGCGCCGAGUUCAACCUCCUCGGCCGGCGAAACCCUAGCUUCAUGAUCCACUUCAAACCCCAAUUCGGCGACUUCUCGAUCAAGAAAUCUCACUCUUCCUCCUCCUCUGGAUUCGGAUCCAAUCUCAACGGAUCCGUCUCGGAGGAGGAUUCGUCGAUCGAGGUCGUGGAUUCUCCGGCGGAGGGUUUCGAGAAGGUGACGCUUUUGCAGUCGGCUUCGGCGGGAGAUAUCGCGGGGUUGUUGUCUGGUGUUGAGGUCGCGGCGAGGACGUGUUUGCCUGUGAGGGGACGCGCCGUUGUGAACUUCAGGUGGGGGGUUAGGGUUCCGACGGAGAUGAGACGGGAGUUUGAUCCGACGGCUGCUGUGGUUUCUCUGAGGAGGUUUCCGUUUCUGGUGAUGGAUAAGAUUGGGAUCGAACACGUGGAAGGUAAAGAGGUUGAUAAUAAACCCGCGGGGGAUACUACUGGUGUUGAUUUGGGGAAGGUGCGUUUGUUUAUGGAGGAGCUUCGGUCGGAGAACAGAGAGUUGAAGAGAGCUGUCGAAGAUCUCAGGGGAGUGAUGAUGAUGUCGAACGUGUCGCCGGUAGUAGAUUACAGAUCUCACUCGUCAAAGCAACGCGAAGCCGAGAGGAGCAAUAGCAAUAGCAAGAACAACAGUGGUAGAGGGAGAGCUGAUCGGUGGAGCAGCGAGAGAACGGCGUCGGAUUGCGGAGGGAAGCAAAGCAAGGAAGAGGGUGACGUGGCGGAGGAGCUGAAGAAGGCCUUGAAAGGAGCUUCUUGAUGGUAUUUGGUUACACUCGCUAUGAUCUUGAGAGGUGAUAAAAAAGCUUUAUUCGAAUUGUUGUACUGCAUUCUGUCUUCUUAGUUUUAUCUAUGCCUUUUGUAUAUAUGCAUGCGUUAAGUUACUGCUGGAUUUUGGAAGAUUUUCAGAACUUGUUUUGGGAUAAUUCAAAGCAAUUGCAAGAGUUUUAGUAUGA